CGUUCGAGCGAGAGGUGGACAUCACUCGGCUGGAUACAGGCUUCUCUUCACUGAGUGUGUGGUCCAUUCUCCAACCAUAGUUGAGUUAUCCGAGAAAGAGAGAAGCGACCAUGCCACUGGGAAAGAAAGUGCGGCCAAGUUCUGCCGCAGGGAAGUUAGAGACCUACACCAUAACCAGCAUUUUCCACAAUGCAACACCUGUCACUGCAAAGACUGCAACUUCCAGGAUUAGUUCGACACAAGCGCGUGCAAGAACGUCCAUUCCAGAAAGCAGAGUCCCGCUCGAUCCUGUUGGCUGCCAAGCGCAGGUGGAACAGUGUGAGCACCCCCUGCGGUUGGAGAGGGUGCCCCUGAAACAGCAUCUCAGGCGGCACUCGAUAGGACUCAGCCAGAACGUAGCAACAAGUGAAAAUAUCCAAAGGUUUGGGGACACCAUAAAAAGCCUGAGAAAGGGCAAGAUUGAACAAAAGGUCUCCUUGACACAUCUGAAGAACAUCCAGGCUGCUUUUGAAGAAUCUGAAAGUGAUGGCAGAUCACUGUUGGAUGUAAAAGCAUUCAAGCUGAUAAUGAAGAAAUGUCUGGGAUACCGUGGCAUACAUGAUGACCAAAUAGAAGAACUUUUCAGGAAGAUUGAUUAUUCUGCAAAUGGUCAAAUUGGAUGGGAUGAAUUCUGCACAUUCAUGCAACUAAAGUAUCAGGAGAUUGAGGAAUCCUACGUACGAUCAAAACAUAUCUCAUUCUCCCUUCCGGCAACUGUCAGGAUGCUCUCCCAUGCCGAGCAGAUUCUGCGCAUUUACUUCACGCCUGAUGAGAUGUUCAUCAUGAUGCGAGAAGGUGGAACCAUUUCCUUCUGGACGUCACAACUAAAGCUGAAGCGUAGUCGGAGGCUCUUUGAGAAGUCUUUGAACCGGAAGCCAAAAUGGAUAACUGACUUCGCCAUCAUGUAUCAAUAUAACAAGUUCAUUCUAAGUACUGGAGAUCGAGAAAUUCAGAUUUAUGAGCUCUCUACAUUUGAGCCAUAUUGCCAGAUCACUGGUUCAGAGGCAUGUCCAUUACAGCUUGAUUACUGUUCUACUGGUGCCGAUGACUGCAUGAUUCUCUAUGGAGAUGACCAGGGUUGUGUAAAUAUUUUACUUCUGUCAUCUGCAGCAGAGACUUUAAGAACAUGGAAGAAGUGCCCUAAAGUGGAUAAUUUUCCCAGCAUUAGCAUAGAAAAUUCCGUACUGUCACCAAAUGUGACUUACAUUCGUUGGAAGGUGCAUGAAGACUGGGUAACACAGCUGAAAUACUAUGAUUCGAUGACAGCAGUCAUAACUGCUUCCAGCCAUGAAGCUACUGCCUUGGUAAUCGGCUGUACCACCGGUACCACAAACCUGGAAAAACAGAUGAAGGAAAUGAAGGAAUGCUGGAAAGAGGGGAAGACCACAAAGUCUCACGGUCCUUGUGUUCCUCAGAAGAGGCUGGCAUGUGAUCAGUCAGUAUUCCCUGUUCAUAAAGGCGUGAAGACAUUUGAUUUGUGUAAGAAUAAGAACCUGCUUGUGACAGGUGGAAUGGACAGGAUUGUGCGGAUGUGGAACCCUUAUAUUCCUGGGAAACCCACUGGUUUGCUGAGAGGCCACUGUGCUCCAAUCUGUUUUCUUUGUAUUUCCACUGAUGACAAUAAACUCUUCUCCGUCUCCACCGACAACACUGUGAAGAUUUGGGAUACUGAAGAUCAGUGUUGUCUGUACACAGCGAAUCAGAAAGCCAGUAGAGUCACUGGAGAUGUAUCUACAUGCCUCUACGUGUCAGCAAUUAAAGCACUUUGCAUUGCUGCAGAUGCCAUUGCUCUUCUGCACCUCAGAAUACAACCUCAGCCACAGCCACACCAUAUUAAGUCCCAUAAAGAACCAGUUUUGUGCUGCAUAUAUUGUAGUGAAUUUCGACAGAUUAUUAGCUGUUCAGAGGAAUCGGUGAUCAAAGUCUGGGACCUUGACACAGGAAAGCUUGUGUUUGAAUUCAGUGGAGCUCAUGGUGAUUCUGCCAUUUGCUGCAUGGCUUUUGAUGACAGUGGAAGGAGAUUGAUUACAGGCGGAAGAGAUGGAUGUGUAAAGAUCUGGAAUCAUAAUAAUGGCCACUGCUUAAAAAUACUGAAGAAAGAGGGCAGAUGUGAUGAAAUCUGUGACUGUACCUAUGUGGAGAUGCACAAGAAUAAUUAUGUGCUUGCUGUUGGAUGGGAUAGAAGAAUAAAUAUAUACUGUGAUUCAUUUGAUGAUCUUCAUCACGUUCAGCCUCCUCAGCCAUACUGGCAAGAUGAUCUGAAAUGGGGACACAAGGAUGACAUUCUGUGCAUAGCCCAAUGCCCUCCAACACUUCUUGCCACCUCCAGCUAUGAUGGGGAAACAAUUGUUUGGAAUAUGAUCUCUGGUCACAUCUGUUGCCACUUACAGAAUCCGACAACCAAAGAGUGCAGAGACGGAGAAGCAGUAACUGAUAAAAGUGUAAAUAAAGUUAUGUUCUUGAAAACUCGAGCACUGAAGAUUGAUUCAGGAGCAUCUCUUGUUACCACUGGUUCCCAAGGUACGCUUGUUUUCUGGAACCUGUUCAAUGGUGGACAGCUCUAUGGUACUUUCACUGCUUCCAGAGUGAAGUCUCAGAUAAGUAGUCUUGGUGCAUCAACCAAUGACUCUUUACUUUACACUGCGGAUUACGUUGGAUAUAUCUAUGUUUACAGUAUAAAGGAUUAUGCUGUUCAAGGACCAGGAACAGAUCCACCAAAAAUUCUUAACUACUGGAGAGCCCAUGUAAGCAGUAUUACUUGCAUGGAACUGAUAGAAGAACAAAAUUUGAUGGUGACUUCUGCUUUUGAGGGUACUGUACGACUGUGGAGCAUGGAUGGUGAAUUAAUUGGUACUUUUGGGCAGCCACAGCCAUGGGACAUUUAUGCUCCUGCGUCAUGGAUGCACCCAAUGGUUCCCUAUGAGAUCCUGGUUGAUCCACUCAGCUUGCCCAUUCACCCGCUGUUGGAAGAAGAGGCCUCCGUAACACAACAUGUCAAUUUAAGCCAAAGUGAAGAAAACAAACAGAUUAUGACAUCGAAGAAUCUUCAACACAGUUCUUCAAAAGUGAUCAUUUCAGAUGAAGAGAUCAAAGAAAAAAUAAAGAAGAUGACAUCCCAAAACAAUCUUGGGAAAAGACUUCGACAAGAAAGAUAUAAGAGAUUGAACAGGCCAAUAAACCAUGGAGGCCCCUCUGCAUAUCAUACUCUAAAUUAUUUUGAAAUUAGUACCCCAAAUCCUUGUGAAAAACCUGACCUAUCAACAGGAAGCACAGAUCCAUAUGAUAUUUGCUUUAAAGAGAGUACCGUUGACCUCCAAGCCUGUGCAUAAGAAUUUGCCUGGAAGAUGUUUGAUUUCCCCUGCAUUUAAUUUACAUUAUUUAAAGCUAAUAUUGUUGCAUUUAAUUGUGUCUGUAUGACUGAGGGUGUGAUACAGACCAGAUCUCACUGCUAGUCGGUUGUCUCUUCAUCAUGUUCCCAAUUCUUCUUGACCCCUGUCUCUUUUAAGCUUUUUUUUUAACCUCAACUCCUUUUUCUUCUCCUUUCCUGUCUCAGAAUCAGGUUUAUUAUCACUGACAAUAUGCUGUGAAAUGUGCUGUUUUGCAGCAGCAGUACAACUCAUAAAAAUGAACCAUACUUUGCAAUAAGAAAUAUAAAGCAAAUAAAUAAAUAGUGCAAACAAAGAGCGAAAUAGUGGGGUAGUGUUCAUGGACUCUUCUGAAAUCUGAUGGCGGAAGGCAGUCUCCUGCCUUUGCUGGAUAUGCCCAUUGCCACUGUGAUAGGUUAGUGGGCAGAGGGGGUGGUGUGGCCCUAUUUAUAAGAAAUAAUAUUAAAUCAUUAGAAAGGGAUGACAUAGAAUCAGAAGGUGUCGAGUCGCUAUGGGUUGAGUUAAGAAAUGGCAAAGUAAAAGGACCCUAAUGGCAGUUGUAUACAGGCCUCCAAAUAGCAGCCGGGAUGUGGAUUACAAUUUACAGCAGGAGAUAGAAAAGGCAGGUCAGAUGGCCAAUGUCAUGAUAAUCGUUGUGGAUUUUAACAUGAAAGUGGAUUGAGAAAACCAGGCCAGUACUGGAUCUGAAGAGAAAGAAUUUGUAGAAUGUCUAAGGGAUGGCUUUUUAGAACAGCUUGUUGUUGAGCCCACUAGGGGAUCAGCUGUGCUGGAUUGGGUGUUGUGCAAUGAUCUAGAGGUGAUAAGAGAGCCUAAGGUUAAGGAACCCUUAGGGAACAGUGAUCACAAUAUGAUCGAGUUCACUUUGAAAUUUGAGAAGGAGAAACUAAAUUCCGAUGUGUUGGUAUUUCAGUGGAAUAAAGGAAAUUACAAUGGCAUGAGAGGGGAAUUGGCCAAAGUUGACUGGAAAGGGACACUAGCAGGAAGGACAGCAGAACAGCAAUGGAUGGAGUUUCUGUGACAAAUGAGGGAAGUGCAAGACAUAUAUUCCAAAUAAGAAGAAAUUUUGAAAUGGAAGAAGGGCACUACCAUUAACUGACAAGUGAAGUCAAAGCCAAAGUAAAAGCAAAAUAGAGGGCAUACAAGAAAGCCAAAGCUAGUGGGAAGAUGAAGGAUUAGGAAGCUUUUAAAAAGCUUGCAGAAGGAAAUUAAGAAGGUCAUUAGAAAGGAAAAGAUGAAUUAUGAAAGGACGCUUGUGACUAAUAUUAAAGAAGAUACUAAAUGCUUUUUUAAGUAUAUAAAGAGUAAAAGAGAGUUGAGGGUAGAUAUAGGACGAAUAGAAAAUGAUGCUGGAGAUAUUGUAAUGAGAGAUGCAGAAACGGCAGAAGAACUCAAUGGAUAUUUUGCAUCAGUUUUCACAGCUGAAGACAUCUGCAGUAUACCAGACAUUCAAAAGUGUCAGGAAAGUGAAGUUUGUGCAGUGAAAAUUACAACUGAGAAGGUGUUCAGUAAGCUUAAUGCUCUGAGGGUGGAUAAAUCUCCUGGACCUGAUGGAAUGCACCCUCGGGUUCUGAAGGAAGUAGCUGGAGAGAUUGCGGAGGCAUUAACAAUGAUCUUUCAAGAAUCAAUAGAUUCUGGCAUUGUACCGGAUUACUGGAAAAUUGCAAAUGUUACUCCGCUAUUUAAGAAGGGUGGGAGACAGCAGAAAGGAAACUAUAGACCUGUUAGCCUGACAUCAGUGGUUGGGAAGUUGUUGGAAUUGAUUUUUAGGCAUGAGAUUAUGGAAUACCUGGAGCCACAUGACAAGUUAGGCCAAAGCCAGCAGUUUCCUGAAAGGAAAAUCCUGCCUGACUAACCUACUGCAAUUUUUUUUUGAGGAAAUUACAAACAGGAUAGACAAAGGAGAUGCAGUAGAUGUGUAUGUGGAUUUUCAGAAGGCCUUUCACAAUGUGCCGCACAUGAGGCUGCUUAGCAAGAUAAGAGCUCAUGGAAUUACAGGGAAGUUACUAGCGUGGGUGGAGGAUUGGCUGAUCAGCAGAAAACAGAUAGUGAGAAUAAAGGGAUCCUAUUCUGUCUGGCUGCUGGUUACCAGUGGAGUUCCACAGGGGUUGAUGUUGGGACUGCUGAUUUUUAUGAUGCAUAUCAAUGAUUUGGACUAUGGGAUUAAUGGAUUUGUGGCUAAAUUUGCCAAUGAUACAAAGAUAGGUGGAGGAGCGGGUAGUGUUGAGGAAAGAGAGAGCCUGCAGAGAGACUUAGAUAGUUUAGGGGAAUGGGCAAAGAAGUGGCAAAUGAAAUACAGUGUUGGAAAUUGUAUGGUCAUGCACUUUGCUGGAAGAAAUAAAUGGACAGACUAUUAAUUAGAUGGGGAGAGAAUUCAAAAUGCAGAGAUACAAAGGGACUUGGGAGUCCUUGUGCAGGAUACCCUAAAGGUUAACCUCCAGGUUGAAUCGGUGGUGAAGAAGGUGAAUGCAAUGUUGGCAUUCAUUUCUGGAGGUAUAGAAUAUAAGAGCAGGGAUGUGAUGUUGAGGCUCUAAAAGGCACUCGUGAGACCACACGGGGUAUUAUGUGCAGUUUUGGUCUCCUUAUUAUAGAAAGGAUGUACUGACAUUGGAGCGGGUUCAGAGAAGAUUCAUGAGAAUGAUUCCAGGAAUGAAAGGGUUACUGUAUGAGGAACAUCUGGCAGCUCUUGGGCUGUAUUCCCCGGAGUUCAGGAGAAUGAGAGGGGAUCUCAUAAAAACACUCUGCAUGUUGAAAGGCCUGAACAGAUUAGAUAUGGCAAAGUUAUUUCCCAUGGUAGGGGAUUCUAGGACAAGAGGGCAUGACUUCAGGAUUGAAGGACGUCCAUUUAGAACAGAGAUGCGGAUAAAUUACUUUAAUCAGAGGGUGGUAAAUCUGUGGAAUUUGUUGCCCUGAGUGGCUGUGGAGGCCAAGUCAUUGGGUGUAUUUAAGGCAGAGAUAGAUAGGUUCUUGAUUAGCCAGGGCAUCAAAGAGUAUGGGGAGAAGGCAGGGAAGUGGGGAUGACUGGAAGAAUUGGAUCAGCCCAUGAUUGAAUGGUGGAGCAGUCUCAAUGGGCUGAAUGGCCUACUUCUGCUCCUGUAUCUUAUGGUCUCAUGAAUAUUUUGUUUUCCUUUGAACUUAUCAUUGGUAUCUGUCAUUAUCUUACAGUCCCUUUCCUUUUCUCAAAUUAUAUUCAAUUGAAGUGCAACAUGUUAGCCAGUUUAGCAUCUUUUUUUAAAAUUUCCCGCCUUUACCUUCAAUUCUAUCAUCUCCUAUUCAUGGAAGAGUCUCCAUUCUCCAUCUUUUAUGUGUCAAUCUCUAGAAUGUUUUCUAUUUUGCAUAUUCCAGAUCACUCAAGCUGAACUUCUUGUCCCAGAACCCAAUUUAAAUUGUCAACCAUCUAGGCCAUGUUCGCAUUAGCCUUCACUGGAUCUUUGCUCCAAACAAUUUUUCAAGGUGAUGUAUCCCUCAGCCAUCAUUAUCACAAUCAUCAAAAUAAUAUUGGUUAACAUUACACUGGAGUUUGCUGUUGGCAAAUUCCCACUACAGUACCUUUCUUUCAAAACUUUGUCAUCAGUUGUGAAAUUCCUGGAGCAUCCUAAAUGUCAAAGGCACUAUAUAAAUACACAUUUUUCUCUCUACAGAUUUCCCAAUCCUCCCUGUAUCUGCAGUCUUCUUGAGCCUUUCUCAACUUUUUUUUAAUCUUCCUUUUGUUUUCUUCACAUCUUUGCAUUCUGUUGCCAUCAUAAUUAUUGGCCGAGAUUUCAACCAUUACAUUUCUAAACAUGAGAACAUAAGAAUUAGGAGUAGGCCAUCUGCUCCGUCAGGCCUGCACCACCAUUCAACAAGGCCAUGGACUCAGUUCCACCGGCCUGGCCUUUCCCCAUAACCCUUAAUUCCUCUACUGUGCACAAAUUUAUUUAACUGUGUCUUAAAUAUAUUUAAUGAGAUAACCCCUACCUCAUUAUUUUAUAUGUUUCUAUAUGAUCCCCCCUCAUUCUUCUGAAUUCCAGUGAGUGUAAUCACCUUGACUCAAUUUCUCUUCAGAGGUUUAACCCUUCAUCUCUGGUGUUAACCUGGUGAACCUCUGCACUGCAAAGCCACUGUAUCUUUUCCCAAGUAAGGAGACCAGACCUGCAUACAGUACUUCAGGUGCUGCCUCACCAGGAAAACCUCCCUGCUCUUAAAUACAAUUUCUCUGGUAAUAAAGGCCAACAUUCCACUUGCCUUCUUGUAACAUGUUACACCUGAUUCAUGUACAUGCACUCCCUAGUCCCUUAGUACAACACAAUCUGCAGACUCUCCACAUCUUCCGCACAAUUUGCUUUUUCAUUCAAGUUAGGGUCAACUAUACGUGGUUCCCUUUUCCAAAUUGUCAGUGACUCCUGUGGCACUCCAUACACUACCAAUUGCCAACCAGUGUAAUAUCCAUUUAUUCCAACUCUCUGCCUUCUACUGGUUCACCAUAAGACCAUGCUAAUACAUUACCCCUAACUCCCUGUAUCCUUGUCUUAUGGAUAACUCAAUUAGGUGGCACUUUAUUGAACGUCUUCUGGAAAUUCAAGUAUAUGCAACAUACGCUUAUCCCCCUCUAUUCGCUAUGCUCAUUAUAUCCUCAAAGAACUCGAUUAAAGUUGUCAGCUUCCCUUCCUGAAUCCUUGCUGUGUCAGCCUGAUGGAAACACUUCUAAAUGGUUAUCUUACUAUUUCAUCCUUCACAAUAGCUUAAAGCACUUUCCUGACCACAGAUGUUAAGCCAUGAGCCCAUAGUUCCCUAACUUUUGCCUACCUCCUUUUUUUCACUGUCUUUCAAUCUGCCGGGACUUGCCUAGAGUAUUUUAAGAAAUGAUCACGUGCUUUACUAUAACUUCCACUAUUUCUUCAGAACCUUUGAAUACAUUCUCUCAGGACCAGCAGACUUCUCUACCUUUAGGACCACUAGUUUGCUGAGCACCACCUUGUUAGCAAUAGUGAUUAGAGGUCCUAAUCUCAAGUCAUUCUUAACAUCUCUUUCUGGCAUGUCAGACAUGUCUUCACAUGAAGACUGACAUAAAAUACUCAUUCAAUGCUUUGACUAUUUCCAUAUAAUUCAAUAUUAAUUCUCCACUCUCAUCUUCCAAGGGACCUGCAUUCACCUUUUCCUGCUUUAGAUGAUCAUAAAAACUUUUAAUAUCUUUGUUUUUCUUAUUGCUUGCUUAAAGUCUUGGAUAGUCUCAUUAAAAUUUAUUGUCUUUUCACCUUUCGUCUUUUAGGUUUUUGUGUACUUUGUGUGUUUUAAUAUAUGUAUGUUUUCCUGUUUACUCAAUGUUGACAGUUAAGAAUUGCCACAUAGAUACCUUUUAACUUCUGCUGAUGUUGCUAUUGAAAUAGUUCAGAGGCAAAACAGAUACAAAUAUAGAAGGGAUUCUAGAAUACUUGCUAGUUAUUUUUCUAUCAAACAUUUAUAAUAGAUGUUAAUUGGUUAACUUUUACUGAUAGUCUAUUUUACCAUAUAGUUUUUCACUUUUCCAACAAAAUAAUCAAAAAGCCAUUUAAUUUAAAUAUAUAAAUCUGUAAAUUUCUUGUAGAAAUGUUAAUUUCUAAGUGCUUUGGCCUUCCUGUA